AUGGUGCAUAUGAUUUUAAUCCAAAAAGCCAAAAAAAAAGCUCUUGCCAAACACCCCCUAACAAAUCAUAGAUUUUGGAUUUCUGAUUUCAUAGUACAACAUAUAUUAAGAGGGCUCUUUGCAGUAAAUACAGAUUUUUGGGAGGAAAAUGGUUGCCCCAUCUCAACUCAAGCCAUACUCUAUCUCGACUUUGGAGUGACAUUGUAUCAACAGUUGAGCAGAAGAUUGAAAUUCUGGCAUGACAACUGGUGUGGAGUUACUUCUUUUAAAGAUGAAUUCCCAAGGCUAUUUCGGUUAGCCAACAAUAAGGAGGGAUCUGUUAGGGACCUUGCGGUGAUCAGAGGAAACACUUACCAUUGGUCAGUCACCUUCCGGAGACCUCUAUUUGAAUGGGAAAAAGAGGAGCUAUUAAGACUAAAUGGAAUGUUAAGUGGAGCACCUGCUCUUAACCUUCAAGCCAAUGAUUUGGCUCUCUGGUCUGCUGCUAAACCAGGUCAGUCCCUUGUUUCUGUUUUCUAUAAGCAUACCAAUCUCGCUUUUGGGGCUAAUGCCAUCUUCAGUAGAUGGGUGUGGAUUAGUCAUCUCCCUCCCAAAGUGCAAUUCUUUGGCUGGCUUGCUUGGAGAUAUAAGGUUAAAACAUUGGUUUUCUUGCAACAACUUGGUAUCUUGGACAGAGAUUCUUCUACCCUGUGUACUUUCUGCAAAUCCCAACAAGAAUCAAUAGAUCAUGUGCUGAUUUUCUGCCCCAUGGUAUGGAGAGUUUGGUCAGAGCUUCUACAAUGGUGGAGGGUAGUUUGGGUGGUCCCUGGGUCUAUACAAGGGCUGUUCCAGUGGUGGGCUGGACAUAGCUGCAGUAAUGAAGCAAGGAGGAUUUGGAGGGCUAUUCCUCUGGUGACUCUGUGGUCAUUGUGGAAACACAGAAAUGAAUGUAUCUUCCAAGGCACACAACCUCAGCUUCAUGAUCUUCAUGAACUCAUCGUCACCAGACUAGCCUUCUGGUAUCCUUGGAAGGCUUCAGUUGGUUCUGAGUGGAUGCAGGGUUGGGCUCUGGAAAUGAGAUGGGUGAGGCUUGCAAUCAGCUGGGCUGCUUCUGCAUUAUAUCAGAUCUCAACAGAGGUGUGGUUUGCAGCAUUGGUGUUUUAG